GAUAGGUCCUGUGGCUUUAAGUCCGAAAUCCCGCUCAGGCGUCAAUUCUCGCGAUCUCCGAGGUCGCCUACAUAUUACCCACAAUUCUCUUUUUCUUUCUCUCUCCUCCAGCCUUCCAAGAUGCCGAAAGGGAAGAAGGCCAAGGGGAAGAAGGUGGCCCCGGCCCCUGCUGUUGUGAAGAAGCAGGAGGCCAAGAAGGUGGUCAACCCCCUGUUUGAGAAAAGGCCCAAGAACUUUGGCAUCGGACAGGACAUCCAGCCCAAAAGGGACCUCACGCGCUUUGUCAAGUGGCCCCGCUACAUCCGACUGCAGCGGCAAAGGGCUAUUCUCUAUAAACGUCUCAAAGUGCCUCCUGCAAUUAACCAGUUCACCCAGGCCUUGGACCGCCAGACAGCCACUCAGCUGCUCAAGCUGGCCCACAAAUACAGGCCGGAGACCAAGCAAGAGAAGAAGCAGAGAUUGCUAGCCAGGGCUGAGAAGAAGGCUGCUGGCAAAGGGGAUGUCCCCACUAAGAGGCCCCCUGUCCUUCGAGCUGGGGUUAACACUGUCACCACCUUGGUGGAAAACAAGAAGGCUCAGCUGGUGGUGAUCGCACACGAUGUGGAUCCUAUCGAGCUGGUUGUCUUCCUGCCUGCCCUGUGUCGUAAGAUGGGGGUUCCCUACUGCAUCAUCAAGGGGAAGGCCAGGCUGGGGCGACUGGUCCACAGGAAGACCUGCACCACUGUUGCCUUCACACAGGUUAACUCGGAAGACAAAGGAGCUCUGGCUAAGCUGGUGGAAGCUGUCAGAACCAAUUACAACGACAGAUACGAUGAGAUCCGCCGCCACUGGGGAGGCAACGUCCUGGGUCCAAAGUCGGUGGCUCGCAUCGCCAAGCUGGAAAAGGCAAAGGCUAAAGAACUGGCCACCAAACUGGGCUGAGUGGGCACAGGUGACUUUUCUGUAUAUAAAAGUAAAUAAAAGGCUCUUUCUCAGCCCGGGCCCGUUGGCA